AUGGACGAGGUUACGAUGCUUAAACGUCUCAACUCGAAGCCGAUCCUGCGUUCCCGCGUGCUCGAUUGGACCCUUCUUGAGCAGGUGCACAUCAAAGAGGACGUUGAACGUCAUUUGGCCCUGCUCGACCUCGAUUACUUUGAGGGAAUGGCUCAACGGGCAUACCCGACUCUCUCUCUCGAGUUUUUCUUUACAGUUCAAAUGCACGAAGAAAUCGAUAUUAAGGACCCAAGAGGCAGUCCGGCGGGGUUUAAGGCGGACCCGCAUUGGCCACUUUUAUCCCCUUGUGCGACAUUUAAGGCGACUGGGGCAUCUUCAAGUUUCAUCUCGGAUGUGGUGCUCGGUGUGGUCCACAAGUACAUUUGCCAUACGAUUUUCGGCAAAAAGGAAUCGAACAAAGUCAGCAAGCAACAGGUGUUCAUUUUAUGGUCUUUAUCCCAAGGGAAAUCGGUGUGCAUGCUUCAGUACCUCAAGAGGGCUCUCUUCGACAUUCAGAACGAUGUGAGGCGUGGGGCAAACCUGGGACACAUAGUGGCGGAGAUUGCGGCGCAUUUCAAUGUCCAAAAUGACGAACCGUGUAUGCCGUCCGAGUGGAUCGGGGCUUCAGAACUCUACCAUACUGAGUUCAUCAUGUGUGGCCACAUUGUUCCCGUCUACGAGCGGACUUGCUAUAUCAACUACAUAAAGGCGCUGGAGACGGCGGCCACAGUCGCGGCGGCCGCAGCCGCAGGUCCGUCCCACACGACGGCGGGGACGUCCGGUGCCCCAUCUCAGACACCAAUCCAAUCUGCCGCCGACGAGGGUACAACCGCCAAUGAUGAGCCUCAUCAGGAGUCCUCUCAGCUUUCGCCUCCGAUGCCAAGGCAUACCGAUGCUUAUUCCGACGCGGCUCCUGUCUGGUUUUCCGAGUAUGAUGCUCGCUUGACGGCUUUCACCGAGCAGAACGACGCACGUUGGACGUCGUACGUAGAGUCCAACGACGUGCAUUGGACAGAGCAGACCAGACGGUGGAAUGAGUUUGUGCGGGACAAUGCGGCACACUGA